GGUAUUUUAAUACAUAAAUGGCAUAAACUGGUAAUGUCGAGACAAUUUCAGGCAGUCUGAGUCAGAGGAGACCUACUAUGUUGUUAGGUAAAACCUGCUUCCAAAGCAAAUCACUGUUUACCGAUGCACAGAAUGUGCCCCCCACUUGUUGUCACACCCGAGUUCAUUACCAUCCUCAGUAGAUGGUGACUAAAAUCUAGCAGCAGUUUAUGAUCUGAUCACUAUUUCGCAUCCUGGUACAAAGGCAAGGGAGUGGACCGAACCCUGCCGGGCCGCUAACAGUACAGCGUGAGCUAAUAAAGAACACGCGGCCACAGUUCACUGACAGUCUGUCAUAAUCCACUUUUGAAAUAUGUAAAAGCCAAGCGUGAAUUUCAAGGCUGCUCGAUACAUUCCUAACUGCCACAUAAAUACUUGGAGGGGAACUAUAGAGAGCGUCAGGGGUUGCAAGACUGUAUUCAAGGGAAGCUAGAAGAGCAGUUGUUUCUCUCCAAUCUUAGAACUAAAGCACUAUUUACACAACAUGAGGUCCGGCUCGUACAAUCAGAAGAGUCUGCAAGUCAGCAGCUCUGGCAGCAGAGUGAGGGUUCUGAGCCCCUCGCCCUCCCGGUGCCGUGGUUCAUCGUAUGAUAGCCGUGGACGUUCAGGAUAUCGCGGCGGUGCUGUGGAGCUGGGCACAGAAAUACACCAGCAACAUGCCAACGAGAAAGAGGAGAUGCAGGAACUCAAUGUCAAGUUUGCCGGAUACAUUGAGAAAGUCCAAGCGCUGGAGAAGAGAAAUGCUGUGCUGCACGCCGAACUGGCUGCCCUGCAGGGGCGCUAUAAAGGAGGCCCCACGGGCAUCAGUGAAGAGUAUGAGCUCAAGUUUAAAGAGGUGCGUGACCUGAUUGAGGCCUUGACUAAUGAGAAGGGAGCGGUCGACAUCGAGAGGGGCUACCUUGAAGAGGAGGUUGAAGUGUGGCGACUUAAGCUGGAGGAGGAGCUGGCACUCAAAGAGGAGGCAGAAAUGAUCCUGAGGGAGUUUCGUCAGGAUGUUGACAAUGCAACGCUGCAGAAGGCCGAGCUGGAAAGGCGCAUAGAACAACUAGUGGCUGAAAUAGAGUUCCUCAAAAAGCUGCACGAUGAAGAGGUGGCUGACCUCAUGAGACAGAUUGAGGACUCAAAGGUUACCGCCGAGCUCGGCGGCGAUCGUCCUGACCUGGCCGCCUACUUGCGCAACAUUCGCGCAGAGAUCGAAUCCGUUGCUGCCCGCAAUGUCCAGGAAGCAGAGAAGUGGUACAAAGCUAAGUUUGACACUCUCAAAGACCACGCUGGCAAACAUGAACAACAGAUGAAGACCAUGAAGGACGAAAUUACCACCUUCCAUAACCAGGUCACAGAUCUGCAAAACCAGAUCGAUGGGCUGAGGGCACGCAAUUCCGCCCUGGAGCAGCAGUUAGAGGACAUGGAGAUGGCUCACUUUGACAAGGUGGGCAACCUGGAGGGCAUCAUUGCUCAGUUAGAGUCCCAGCUCUGUGAAACCAAACUUGAGAUGACCAAGUACCUCCAAGACUACCAGGAACUGCUGCACAUUAAGCUCAAGCUGGACGCUGAGAUCGCUACGUACAGGAAGCUGCUAGAGGGAGAAGAGCAACGUCUCGGUAUUGCCAAAGAUGUUUAAAUAUCCUGCAUCCAUCCAGAGCAGCAGCACUGCACCAUGGAUUGAAGAGAUAAUCUAAUUCAAGUUAAAGACUCCAGAUUUUGUCCCCCGUCAAAUAAUUCUUUUUCCCCGACCAACUUAUUAGCCUCUUGCUUGCUUUCCAUUUCCAAGUACCUCCAGGACUACCAGGAACUGCUGCACAUUAGGCUCAAGAUCGCUAGAUACAGGAAGCUGCUACAGAGAGAAGAGCAUUGGCUCGGUAUUGCCAAAGAUGUUCAAAUAUCCUGGAUCCAUCCGAAGCAGCAGCAGCAGCAUUGCACCACGGAGUGAAGAGACGAUCUAACUCAAGUUAAAAACUCCAGAUUUUAUCCCUGUCAAAUAUUUUUUUUCCCCACCAAUCUACUGGCUCCUUGCUCGCUUUCCAUCCUUUUUUUUUUUUGAUUCUGCUCUUGUCAUCUUUUCCAUUAUCCCCUUUGCAGUUAUCUCAGUCUUCCUUAUUUUGAUCUUUCUUCAGUUUCCACCCUUUUCGUCACCUCUGAUCCUGCACUUCCCUGCCUCCCUCUCUGCCAAAACCAUUUACUAAUGUGUUUUUUUUUUCUCCCCCACUAUCACUCCUUUCCACUGUUGGUGGUUUCAAACCCAGCAACCUCACCACAAAAUCCUUUAGUUCUGCCUUGAUGUGUGACACAUCUCAGCCCACACACAGCAGAACUUAGCACGUGGGCUCUGCAUAAAACAUUCAUGUUCCAAGUGUUUCAGUGAUGAUGCAACUGUUGACCCUUCCACACUAAUGUUGAUCAACUGUUACCUAAUAAAGAUUGAAGUGAGUGCACAUUACGCGCUGCAGUGGUUUCUUUCUUUUGUCUUGUCUUUUGUUGUGGCUUGCAUUUUUUUUUCCACAUCGAAAAAAUCUUACCCAGUCGUGGUUUUUGUUUACUCAAAAUGAAGCACAUCAAAAGAUUUCAAAAGAUCUUUACAACCAGUCAGAAGAAAGAGAUAUAACGAAAUGUAUUUGCACCAGAGGAAAGAGUCAACAACAGCCUGCUGAAACAAAAAAAGUUACAGCUACAGAAAUUUUACUUAGAAAUGUUGCUCUGUAAGAGGGAGGUGAGCAGUCGUGUGUUAAUUCAAUGAACUGAUUAAAUUGUUUGCCAGAAACAGAUAAUUAUUUAUUUUUGGAGAUGUGUGACCUUUAUUCUUCCAAGAAUCAAAAAAUGGAUUCGCUAUUAAAGUUUUUUUUUGUAUUUGCGUUUGCG